ACCCCUACCAUAUUUGUUUACGCUGACGUCAUUCACAUGCGCCGCUCACAUGUCUUCAUACUUAUCAGUUCAGGGGAUGCAUUUGAUGACAGUAGAUCUGAGCAUCAAACAGAAGAGUGUGAAAUGCAGCUGGAUGAAGUGUCGGAGGUAGUUGAUCUUCUUCAGAUAGAUGUGGAGUCUGAUGUGGCUGAAGGAAGGCCGGGGAGAGAAGAUGCAGGAUGUUCAAGGAAUGUAUUGAGGAAGCAGAGGAACUGGGAGAGGCAGCUGGCAGCAAAGAAAAACAAGAGGAGAGAAGAGAAGCAGAGGAGGAGGCUGAACCGCGAGCAGGAGUCAGGUGUAAGCGCAGAUAAUCCUCAGUUCACCAAACGGGUCAUGAAAGCGAUCACCAGAGAGCGUUUAGCCGAAGCUCAGUUCACAGGGCUCAAACUCUGCGUUGACCUGAGUAUGACAGACAGCAUGUCGGACAAGGAGGUGAGUCGCCUGGCCGGUCAGUUAAGGAGACUGUACGGCUCGAACAAGAAGGCGACGCGACCGUUUCGUCUUUUCCUGACGGACCUGAGGGAGGACAGUCGUCUCUACAGGGAGUGCAUACGGAUGAACGACGGCUUCCUGAAUUACACGAUGGACAUUACAGAAGAAAGCUGUCAGGACCUUUUCCCUGCAGAAACAAUCAUCUACCUCACACCCGAUGCUGAAGAAGCUUUACAAACAGUGGAUGCUGAUAAGGUGUACGUCCUGGGUGGCCUUGUAGAUGAAAGUAUCCAGAAGAGGUUGAGCUUCUCGAGGGCCACAGAGCUGAGCCUGCACACCGCGAGGCUGCCCAUAGACGAGUACAUGGUGAAGAAGAACAACAGCAAGAACUUCCACUCAAAGAUCCUCGCUGUCAAUCAAGUGUUUGAUAUCUUGUUAACUUUCUGCAGCACAGGCAGCUGGACUGAAGCCCUGCAGGCGUGGUUCCCCCAGGGGAAAGGUUAUGUUGUUAUACCAGAGGAUUCUCAACCACAGACGUAAAUCAUCGAUCGUACGAAGAAUCAAAACAAACAACAAAACAGCUGAGAACAAAAACAAACAAAAAACAGAGAACGUCCUGUAUUUUCCUCAGGUUUCUGUUAAGUCUGAUUAUUUCUGUUAAGUCUGAUUAUUUCUGUUAAGUCUGAUUAUUUCUGUUCAGUCUGAUUAUUUCUGU